AUGGCGACUGUGGCGCGAGGAAGCAGCUCUUCCUCUUCCCCUGCUGCAGCAGCAGCAGCAGCCGCGCCCGCCCCAGCAGCAGCAGCAGCAGCAGCAGCAGCAGCAGCAGCAGCAGCAGCAGCAGCAGGACAAAGCCUGUGUCCGCUGCAGUCCUGCGCACAAGCCCUUGCUGCUUUGCUGCAGGAAAAAAGCCGCAAAGUAAAAGCUGCUGCGCUGCAGCAAAUCGAAACCCUCGCGGACGCCAACUGGCUGCAGCUCGCCGACGCGCUUCCCGACAUGUGA